AGAAAUAUAUGCUGUUUUUCCUGAUCCUGUUUGGGACGAUCUCAAAUCUCUCCGAGGCCGAGGAAGAAAAUAAGUUGGACCUGGCAAGUGCAGAGAUGAAGAGCAUUAAGGAUGGGUGGCCUGCCUCAAAGCUUAUUGAUGGAAACAAAGGAAGCCCUGCACACACUCUCGAACAACCUGAAGAUCACGGUUUGUGGAUAAGGGUUAAUCUGGCGAAGUGCUCCUCUGUCACCAAGGUGAUCGUCUAUAACAGAGACUCGUCUCAACAACGGAUAAUUGGAGCUUCACUCUUCAUAAAGACAGGAGAUGAGUAUGUAGCAGAUUGCGGUAAGUUCGACAGUGCAAAAGAUUCCUACACGUUCGACUGCAGAGGAGACGGAAAUAGGAUAGAGAUAAGUCAGGAUGGAAGGGUAGAACAUCCGUGGCAUUUAGCGGAGAUUGAAGUCUACGGCACCUCUGGAAAUUCACCUCCGGUCUCACCACCUGUUUGCAAAGGUAAAGUUGGCGUGACAGAUCCCAAGAACAUAGCUCGUCGCGGAACUGCUGAGCAAAUCGAUGGAACUUCCCCUGAAGUUGAAGCUUCGAACGCGAUCGAUGGAAGCAGAGAUUCACGGGCAGGAACAAUCACGAAAGGAAAAGAUGCGUGGUGGCUACUAACACUACCGAGCGAAAUCAUUAUACGUGAGAUCAAGGUAUACAACAGAGAGGGAUCUGAUUCCAACAGAAUAGAUGGAGUGACAGUUUGGGUUGGUAUUGGUUUGACCGGAGGAGACUACGAACGCGCGGUUAAAGUCCGCACAAUUGAAUUCGAAGAGGGACAAAAUCUUUAUAUCUUUUCCUAUCUAUAUCAAAAAGGAUCGAGCGUUCAGAUUCAAGGCGGCAAAGAAAUUGUAUCACUUAUUGAAGUGGAAGUUCAUCAAGACUUAAGUGAGUAUAAUUUUAGAGCCUUUUAAACUGUACACUUUAAAACCCAAACUCUCCCUCUCCCUUUCCCCCUCCCUCUCUCCUUCUCCCCUCUCCAGUCACGCCCUCCCUCCCUCCCUCCCUCUUCAGUCUCCAGUCUCCCAUCCCCUCAAUCCGUUUAAAUAACAACCUUAUCUUAGAUAUCAAACAGCAGAGUGCAGGGAAUAUAUUUAUAAAUGUAUUUGCUAUUGAGUAUUUGUACACAUCACUGAUUGGAUCAGACUAUAUUUUUCUCCGGGACUGAGUAGUGAGUAUCCCUCGAAAUUCGAGGUACAAUAUUUUUACCCGACAUCGUAAAUCAAUUUUGAUAACAAUACGAUUUAAAGGCUUCGAACGAGAUCGAUGAAAUCAGGUAAAUUUUUUUUUGUUGGUAAAUACUAAAUGAGUAAAUGGUAUUAUUUCUAUAAAUAUUAGACGGUGCCGAGACUAUCAAAAUAUACUUACUUUAGUAAUAUAUAUUUCAAACUUUAAAAAAUGUAUACCUAAAUUCCUCACUAAACUGAAACCUCAGCUGGUACAUACCUUACUGAAGUCGUCAGAAAGAGAGUCUGACCCGACGGACUCGGCUCGGUCACGUGACGAGGAGGCAGACCCGGAGUCUGUCUGCAGGACUCCCCUUCUCCCCUCCGUUGUGCACACAUACUGCAUGUACUGUGAGCUGCGGCGGGAGGUAUCAGAUAAGUGCCAUGAUCAACUAGUUUAAAUAUUUAGCAUCAAUAGUUAUAAAUCUGGAAUGCUAUUGAUAUAUCUCGGUUUAGUGUACCAAUGAAAAUUUUUAAAACGUUUAAAAAUUUCCAGGAUUUAGUGGCUGACUCGGUUUAGACACACAGCCAGCACAGUGGAGAUGGGGGCUGACUUUGCAGACUGGUCGAUGUAAAGUAUUAAACAAAAGAAACGGUGAAGAUGACGGCUGACAGGGUGGAGAUGACGGCAAAUACUGCGAACAGAUUUCGAUAUGGUAAUGGACAUUUUAUUUUGAUGUUCAUGGAGGCAUAAAUGACUUUCACUUUCGUGAAUUUUUAUUAAAAACUUGAGGGAUACAUAGAAGAAAAUAUCAAUUGAUUUACAAUUUUUGUAAACAAUUGUUUGGAAGCAUCUUGGACAUUUAAAUUUAUAUUACUAUAACGUUUUUACGUAAAGGGAUUAUUUAAUUUCAAUAUAAUUAAUUGUUUCGGUCUUCUUUAUAGGUGGUUAGAAUAUUUUUGUCGGGAUACAGUGAAGUUUUGGUUAAGAGUAUAAUUUAUCGUAGCAUUUUGACUUUGACAUACAGAUGUUUUGUAAAUAAAAUAUUUUUCGGUAAAUGGUCUUUACAAAUAUUAUGUUUAUGGUAGGGUCAGUUUGUCAGGGUUUAAAUAUCACGUGAUAAUUGGCAUCUCAUGGGUAUUUUAACAUGUUUACAGUAGUAUUUUGACUAUUGGGUCAUUUUACGGCUCCCC